UUUGACAGAGAGAGCACAAGCAGGGGGAACAGCAGAGAGAGAGGGAGAAGCAGACUCCCUGCUGGAACAGGGAGCCCGAUGCGGGGCUUGAUCCCAGGACCCUGAGAUCAUGACCUGAGCCGAAGGCAGAUGCUUAACCGUCUGAGCCACCCAGGUGCCCCUAAAAUCUUUUUUUAAAAAGUCUCUUUUUAAUAUUUAAUUUUCAACUCUUGUUUCUAGUGAUUAAGUGUACCCUGAGAUUUAGGAGUUUGCAUUCUGGAAACUUACUAAAAAUCUGAGUCAGUGAUUAUCUUUCUAUUCUUUUUGGGUGCGAUCUACAUAAUCAUUUGACUUAUGAGUAAAGGAAAAAUGUUUUUCAGUUAGAAUAUUUUCUAGCUAAAACGACAUCAUUAGUUUUCUUUACAAGUGAUUGUAAAAAAUCAAGCAUGUACUACAUUUCAGCAGUAGAGAGAUGUCUGUGUCUAUCAUUACCAGUUAGUUGCUCAGGGUGAGAAGUACAUUUGGAUGCUUGAAAAGACCCUGAAAAGUGGGGGACUGUGUUCGCACUUUUCCCUGGGGAAAAAAAAAAAAGAAAAAGAAAUAAGACUUGAAAUGUGGUUUCAUGUUAAUCCAUUUAGAAAAAGCUAACUUGGGGGCGCCUGGGUGGCUCAGUCAUUAAGUGUCUGCCUUCAUCUCAGGUCAUGAUCCCAGGGUCCCGGGAUCGAGCCCUGCAUUGGGCUCCCUGCUCAGCCGGGAGCCUAUUUCUCCCUCUCCCACUCCCCCUGCUUGUGUUCCCUCUCUCGCUGUGUCUCUCUCUGUCAAUAAAUAAAAUCUUAAAAAAAAAAAAAAAAAAAAAAAAAGCUAACUUAUCUAACAACUAAAAACACAGAGGAGAAGAUAAAGAGGGAGUUAUUAAACUCAUUGUCUCUAACAGUGCAGUGACGUGUGAAGGCGUCUGUUGCUCCCAUCCUGCUAUAUGCAGCAGGGACAUGUGUUAAACAGGAACCAGCAUUCUCAAAUGUGUUCGGCAGACUGGUUGGUAUAUUCUCCGGUUCCACAUACUGUGAAAGCUCUCAUGAGCAUGUGCACCUUGACCCAAACAAGAGACAAGUAUAGACCCGUACCUGUUCAGUACAGAGAAGCAGUUCACCGUUGAAGACUAAAAAGGAGCUACAAGGAGGAUUAUAUACAAAGCUCCAACUGCUGGUUCACCUUCUCUGAAGCAGUUUGUGCUUCAGGGAUCAAGAGGAAGACAAGAUGAAGGCUUUAUGUAACACGAGAACUCCAUUAAUUGGAAACUUGGAAAACGUAGUAGAAUGGUUGUUCACUUAGUAUUUUGCUCCAUUGAGACGAGUGAUUGGAAGGGACUUGAUCUAUCUUUGAAAACUUACCACAUCCACUAAAAUAAGAUCUUAUAAGUUAACACUGGUUGUGUAUUAUUCCCCAUAUUUGUCCAUUUUCAGAGCUCAACAGGCUUCGCAAAAAAUGCAGUAGAGUGACACAUUCACCUUUUAUUAAGGCAGGUUUGUGAAAAUAAUCUAAUACAAUCGCAUCUCUUCAUGAACCGUGAGCUCUCAAUGUUUCUUGCCUGAGAAAUGACCUACACUGUGUUUGACAGGAAGCCCCCUCCAGACCAGGGAAGGAUCCCGAGAGAUGUUGAGCCUGGUUUACUCAUGGUCUCUCUUUCCUCAUCUCCAGGUCUGAUGACAUUCCUCGCCUUUAGCACCAGUUGUGUGUAUGGGCUGGUGAGACUAGAAGUACAUACCAGUCUCUGCCCCCGGUUCCUGAUACAGGGCUCCCGAAGCCCUUGUCACUUGCUGGGGGAUAGGAGCAUCUUUUGUUGCAUCUGGGUGGGCUCCUGGAUGGCUCCUGGUGGGGGCCGUUCACCGGAAAGACCUGCGGUGAUUAGAAGCUGGAACUUCUGUCCUGCCCCCGUUCUCUUAAGAAGGGGAUGGGCUGAAAGUGGAGCUAAUGGUCCAUCAUGCCAACGGGGUGAAGCCUCCAUAAAAAUCCUAAGAGAAGGGGGUUUAUGAACACAAUGCGGGGUGCAGGGAGGGUGGGGCACCCAGAGAAAGUAUGGACACUCCACACCCCUGCCCUAUACCUCCCUCUAUGCCUCUCUCGGUCUGGCUGCUCAUCUGUAUCCUUUAUCCAUCCUUUCCUACACUGGAAAACAUAAGUAAGUGUUUCCCCGAGUUCUGUGAGCCCUCCCAGCAAAUCACUGGAACCCCAGGAGAAAGUGUGGGAACCUGAUCUGCUGGUCGGUGUGUGUGUGUUUGGGUGGGGGCAGUCUCGUGGGGCUGAGCGCUUACCUGUGGGAUCCGACCCUGCCUCCGGGUCAGUAGCCUCAGGGUGAGUUUCCGUGUACAACCCUCAGCUGGUGUCGCACGGAACUCUGUGGGUCUGGUGACAGAGGUGACAGAAGGAAAGCGUUCUCUGGGGAGGUGGAGGAGGCACACACGGAGGAGAUAGAGCGGGAGGAACAGGUGUCCGCAGCACGGAAGAAGGAAGAGUGUAAGUGUUGCCUUAUGAGGCUGCACCCCAUCAACACGGCCCGUUCUCAGGACGCGCUCUGUGCUGGUCCCUUUUAUCUGCUGGCGUACGAUUCUGCAGUUUUGAAAGUUGUUCUCAUCUUGUUUCUGACCUGAUGGGCUCUGACGAUCCCACUUCGGAAUGUCGCAGGAUCCAUGGGACGGGUGCUUCUCCAGUAACUGUCCCUCCCAGAUGCAAACAACACUUAGGUUGUGGGCUAGGCUCGCCUAUACAUUUUUAUAAUUUUGUCUUAGGAUUCUGGGAUUUCUAGACACUAAAUCUGAUCAGCUGCUGAUAAUGAAGUUUACCUUUCCCUUUGUAAAUCUUUCACCAAUUCCUUGUUUUCUGUUGCCGCACUGGCCAGGCCUUCACAGGUGUAGAAUUGUAUAUAUGCCUCCUUAGCUUCUGGUUCCUGAUCUCGGAGGAGACCGGUCACAUGGGGAGUUGGCUCUUGGUUUCGUUCAGACACAUUUUUUUCCUGGUGGUGCAUGUUUCCAUCUGGUCUCUAAGUCAGUCGUCAUUAAUGUGCCGUGACAUGAGACAGGCAUGUCCUCCGCACGAAUGGAUUGGAAGCCUGUAGUUCAUGUGUCCUGUUUCCAUUAGUGGGGCAAAUUAUACUCAUUGAAGAGUCAAUAUCCAGUCCAUUUCUAGAAUAAAACAGACUUGGUUUUGUCUUCUAAUGUUACCUAUACAAGAUUUCCUUCUAAACAGACUUUUGCCUUUGUAUUUAUGAAUAUUGCCUUUUAAUAUUGUUUGAAUUGUCCUUUUCCCAUCUUGGUAAUACUCUGUGAUCCCUCUUUACAAUUGGGAACCACCGAUGUUUAAAUGCUUGGUACCUGGCCUACGCACCAUUUGAGAUGCCUUUAGAGUGUGGGGAUAUAUGAAUCUACUGAUUUCCUUUCCUUAAUGACAAGGACGUCCUUAGAUGUUCUGUUACCUUGCAUCAUCUCAGGUAUGUUACCAAUUUGUAUACAUUUAUUCCUUUCCCUCUAUUCUAAAACAUCUUUUCCGGUGGGGCACCUGGGUGGCUCAUUUGGUUAAGUGUGUUUUAGAUCUCAGCUCAGGUCUUGCUCUCAGGGUCAUGAGUUCCAGCCCCAUGUCGGUCACCAUGCUGGGCAUGGUGCCUACUUAAAAAAAAAAAAUCGGGGCGCCUGCGUGGCUCAGUUGGUUGAGCAUAUGACUCUUGGUUUAGUUCAGGUUGUGAUCUCAGGGUUGUGGGAUUGGGCUCUGCACUCAGCGUGGGGUCUGCUUCUCUCUCUCUCUCUGCUCCUCCCCCACUUGUACUCUCUCUCUCUCUCUCAAAUAAAUAAAAAAAAAUCUAAAAAAACCUUUUCCCACAGCUAGUUUAUAAUAUCUCUCAAUCUGCUUAAUCUCUGAAAUUGUAAUUUUGUUUCUUUUUCAUAGUUUCUUUUUCAUACUUCUUAUUUGCCUAAAAUCUAUUGUUUUUGAGUAAAGUUGCCAAAAGAUUAAGGGGGAUAUAUUUUUAGCUUUUAUGACUUUUUUUUUUUUAGAGAGAGAGCAUAUGUGAGUAGGGGGAGGGGAGGCAGGAGAGGGCGGAAUCUCAAGCAGACUCUGCUGAUCACGGAGUCAGAUGUGGGGCUUGAUCCCAUGGCCCUGAGAUCAAGACUGAGCCAGAUCAAGAGUUCGACACUUAACCCACUGAGCCACCUAGGCGCCCCUCUAUAACUAUUUUUUUAAAUAGCUCUAACUGAGGUGUGGAUCACAUACCGUGAAUUUUAUCUGUUUAAAAUAUAAAGUUUGAUGGCAUUUAUUGUAUUGACGGAAUUACUCAACCAUCUUCACAUUCUCAUUUUAAAGUAUUUUAGUAAUUCCAUAAAGAAAAUUUGUGUCCUACUGGUAGUCACUCCACAUUCUAGUGCUUCCCAGCCCUGGCUUCUAGACGACUUAUUAAUCGUUCUCUCUAUUGAUCGCUUCUUUUAUCAUUCUAUUGAUCGCUUCUUUUAUCAUUCUAUUGAUCGCUUUUAUCAUUCUAUUGAUCGCUUUUAUCAUUCUAUUGAUCACUUUUAUCAUUCUAUUGAUUGCUUCUUUUAUCAUUCUAUUGAUCGCUUCUUUUAUCAUUCUAUUGAUCGCUUUUAUCAUUCUAUUGAUCGCUUCUUUUAUCAUUCUAUUGAUUGCUUCUUUUAUCAUUCUAUUGAUCGCUUUUAUCAUUCUAUUGAUUGCUUCUUUUAUCAUUCUAUUGAUCGCUUCUUUUAUCAUUCUAUUGAUCGCUUUUAUCAUUCUAUUGAUCGCUUUUAUCAUUCUAUUGAUCGCUUUUAUCAUUCUAUUGAUCACUUCUUUUAUCAUUCUAUUGAUUGCUUCUUUUAUCAUUCUAUUGAUCGCUUCUUUUAUCAUGCCAUGUGUGGUCUUUGUGAAGCCUGUGACUGUUCUCAGGUCCAUUGGUCUGUGUCCUGGAUCAGUACUUCGUUCUGCUCAUUGCCGAAUAAUACUCCAUUUUAUGAAUAUACUCCAUCUUGCUUACUGAAAUGAGUUAAAGUAAAACUGUCAUUAAAUUUGCCAGUGAAAAUGGGCUUGAGAAUUACAACUCCGAAAAGCAGCCACAGUGAGACCACAGGCAAGAUGGAGAGCAGAGGAGAGGAGGCUCUUUCACAGAGGAAACUGGGCCUUGAAGAGGGGCUGUUAUAAACAGAAAGCCCAUUGGAGCAAACUGGGCUUGGAAGUGUCGUUGCUUCCCAUUGGCUGAGUUGUGACUGUCCCUCAUUGGCUGGGUUGUUGCCAUGUGGGGAAAUAAUCUUCCUCGUGUCGUCAUAGUAAAGUCGUAUCCGCUUCAACUGCAAGGUCCUUCUCUUGCUGUUGCUUCUGCAGUUGACCAUGCAUGGUAGCGUGUGGAAGCUCCACUGCUGGUCUUCUGACUCCGUCAUUCUUCUUCUUUUAAAAAUUUAUUUAUUUUAGAGAGGGAGAGCACGGACAGGGGAGGGGCACAGGGAGAGGGUGAGACAAUUCUCAGGCAGACUCCCUGCUAAGUGUGGAGCCUGACUCAGGUCUUGAUCUUACAACCCUGAGAUCAUGGCCUGAGUUGAAAUCAAGAGUCGGAGCCUUAACUGAAUGAGCCACCCAGUCGCCCCUCCUGAGUCCAUUCUUAGCAAGGUUUCCCUAUAUUAAUUUUUACAUUUCCCACUUUUGAUAGAGAUCUUUUCUCAAAUGCGUCACUGAUUAUGAGUCAGUUUUCCAUGUUUAGUGGUUUUGUUUCUUGGUGCCAGGAAAGACCUUUCCUGGUAGUGAUGUCACACAUCCUAGGGAAAGUGCAUAGCAGUUGGAAACCAGUUAAGGCCAUAUUUGAGUAACGAGAAAUAUUAGAAGGAAGCAGUCUCAGGCACUUCUCAUCUCUGGUCCCUAUUUAUCAAGAUGGUAAGCUCUGGAGAUUAUCUCCUUGCUGGAUACAUCACUUUUACAAUGUUUUGACAGGUAAUAACUAUGAAAGCAAAGGUAACAUGAAAAUCCAAAUUGUAUGACGGUUCUAAACCAGGACCCUAGGUCUGAAAAUAGCCAGUUGAAUAUUGGCAAUUUUCAGACUUGGGGAAAGUUUUUUUUAUUCUAUUGGUAAAAACCUGGAGUCAUGUAUUCCUCCUGGAAUUUGCAUACAGUAGGAACUGAAUCAGUAGCAUAUGGGAGUUAGGAAGAACAGGGUCCCAAGGGUUAACAAUGGUAUAUAUUGCUCAGAGGUUCUAGACAAACCUCCAUCUUCAGCCAUUGGGUUUUCUCCAACGUAAAAACAGGGACUAGUGUAUGGGAUGAUGGGCCUCUGAGGCUUGUAAUUUUCUACUAUGGGCUUGAUGCCUUAAAGAGCUUCUUUAUUUAUAGGGUAUUGAUUAAUUUUGGGGAGAUGCUUUGAGAGAUCUAUUUUAACCUUGAUGGGAGUCACACUGUGGACUCUACCAAUAUUAGUUGAGGUUUUUGCCCAGGAAGAGGAUGGUAGGUGAUCCAACCAAGACAAAUGAUCAGUGUCCCCAGACCCCACUAUAGUGUGUCAGAGAUGGAAGAGAUGAAAGAUUUGGAAGGGUCAUUUAUUUUCUUUGAUUGGCUGUGUUGAUUACUGUUAUCAAAUUCUAGAAUUAUUUCCCCUUUUUAGGACAAAGACACUUGUUUAAAAAAUAUCCACCCAAUUAAAUGAAUAGAGCCAUAGGAACUAAGUAGAAAAUGGUGUAUAUCUCAAAGGACCUAGACAAAAGGCAGUGGGUUCAGAUACAGGAACCUACUGAGGUUUGUUAGGGAACCCUACUAUUUAUAUUGUAGUCCUCCUAGGUGGGGGCUGCUGUACAGCAAGGGGUUGGACACGUGUCAACAAGGACAGAGAUUCAUUCCCAGUGUGGAGAGUGGUUUCUUUGAGCUGAUUACAAGGGAAGACUGGGAAGGGCCCCUGUGGUUCCCUGGAGCUCGAUCAUUGGGAAUGAAGAGGAAUUUGGGAAGUCUGGCUGCAGGGAUAGAGAUGUGGGCGUGUUUAAGUUGGUAGUGAUCUUUUUUCCAGUGUCCUGGUCCUCUGCAAGAAGAGGAGAAGAGUCAGGUUUGAGUUUUGUUUAGGAACCUCCAUUUGCCAGAAUUGAGAAUUAGGAAUUUUAGUGGUCUUGAGGCACCUGAUUGGCUCAGUCAGUAGAGUGUGCAGCUCUCGAUCUCAGGGUCGUGAGUUCAAGCCCCACCUUGGGCUUAGAGCCUACUUAAAAAAAUAAAAAAAUAAAUAAAAUAAUUUUAGCGGUUUUUAUUUUAGGUGACUCAUCUAGGAUGUGUGUGGAUGGUUUGCCAGAUUAUAUCUGCAGUGGACAUAUUUUCACAUUCUAUCCUGGUCCUUUUAACUAAAGGAAAAAGACACUGGUUCUGCUCUUUAAUAAACAUAGACUUAAAUGCUACCUGGGUGGAUUCCACAUCUACAGGAAGACCAGAAUUUUCUUUAAAGACAAUUUGGAGUUGAUUUGUAAUAGUUGUGGAAAGACCGAUGAUCAUGUAAUGUUAACUUUAAAAGUAAACCUGCCAGGGAUGCCUGGGUGGCUCAGUGGGUUAAAUGUAAACCUGUCAGUUAUUUUACUAGCAAAAAUGGGUUUAUUUAGUAAUAGCAGAGAUUUGCAAUUCUUUUUUUUUUUUUUUAGAUUUUAUUUAUUCGUCAGAGAGAGGAGAGAGAAAGAGGCAGAGGGAGAGGCAGGCUCCCCGCUGAGCAAGGAGCCCAAUUCGGGACUCAGUCCCAGGACUCUGGGAUCAUGACCUGAGCCAAAGGCAGAUGCUUAAUGAACUGAGCCAACCAGGUGCCUGGAGAUUUGCAAUUCUGUUACGUAAAAGCACAGGCAGGUCUGGAGAACAAAGGGAGGACCUCUCUUUUAUAGUGGAGAGGGGAUGUUGGGAGGGGCUGUUCCAAACGAUAUCCACUGGAGCAAACUUGGGGUUCUACCCCUAGUGUCUUCUCAUAGGGUGGGCUGUGACUGUCUCUUAUUGGCUGGGCUGUUGCAGGGGAGGAGGAAACUUUCCUUCCUUUCUCCUGCUGGGGCAGUAAUGUGUCCAAGGUUGUCUCUUGCUGUUGAGUGCAGUGGAGAAUGAGUGGUACUGGUGGGAGCUCCCCCUGUGGCCUUCUAAUUCUAUUUGAGUCAUGUCUCCUUUAUUCAUUUUCAAAGAGUUGGUGGGCCUUUGGGUGGUUUUCACUUGCUGGCUAUUAUGAAUCAAGCUGCUGAGAGUAUAUGGAAAUUAGUGUUGGUGUUGGUGCUCAUCUUCACUUGUCUUGGGUAGAUCAAUAUUAGGAGUGGAAUUGCUGUAUUGCACGGUAACUCGACGUUACUCAUUUUGAGGAUGCACCAGACACCUCCAAAUGGCUGCACCAUUUUCCAUCCCCAGCAGCAGAAAUGCAUGAGAGUUUCCCCUUCCUCACAUCCUCACCAGCACUUGUUUCUUUGUAGCCAUUCUAGUGGGUCUGAAGGGGUAUCUGCUUAUAGUUUGAGGUCCAUUUUCCUGAUAACUAACAUCUAGCAUCUUUUCCUGAACCUAUUGGCCACUUGCAUAUCUUCUGUAGAAAAGUAUCUGCUCAUAUUCUUUCCCCAUGAUUUGAUCAUAUUAUUUUUCUUUAUAUUGUUGUCUUUUAUUUUUCAUGGUUGUCAUAUGGAUUUUUAAAACAUAUUUAAGAUACAGGACUUACCAGGUGUGUGAUACGCAGACCCCAGUUAUAACCACAGUUGAAGUAGAAUUUACCUUCCUAUUAAGUGAUAUGGUUGGCAUAUGGGAUUUUUUUUUUCACUAAGUUUUGAGAACACAGUUUUUGUUUAGAAAAUCUGAUUUUUUGAAAAAAGUAAUUUUUUGAACUCUGUAUUUCAUGAGUGUGGUGUCAUCCCUUGUUGCUCUAAAGAUAUGGAUUAGCCUUGUUUUCUUUCUCUGUUAAAGUCACCAGUGGCUGUUUGUUACCAUCAGUCCCUCAGGGGCUCUUCUUCCUGGUGCCCUUCUCCUUGAAUUCUGGGCUCUGAGGUAUAUAUUUGAGGCCCUGAUGACUUCCAUGAUUCUUCCAGAACUGAAAUAACUCUUACGCACCAGGUGUGCCAGGUCCCUGGUCCGUGUCCAUGCUCACAGUCCACCUGAUCCAGGGAAAGGGUUGUGUCUGCCUCUGCGGGGAUAGAGGGGACUGCACCAGCCUCCUUGACCUUGUUGCCUUCCAAGGAGAGAUCUGCUUAAGUCAAGUGUCCACAACAUCCUGACAUUCUGGUUCAAGUUCUUGGAGCUGACAAGGCUAUAAAUCUUUGAUCAAGUCAAAGAUGUGUUUGUUGUCUGAUUUUGUGUUGUUUGAAUAAGGAUUUCAUUUUCCAUUCUUUACUGUACUGGAGUGCUCAGAUCUGCUCUGAGUCAGCAAAAAUAGCCUAUAUUUGGGUGUAUGUAAGUCUGUAUCAGCCGUUGUCAUCUCCCUCUGCUUCGGGUUCCCAGCCCCUCCCAUCACUGAAUGCGUGGCAGCGGAUGUGCUCGCGUGUUGUCACUUCCCACACGGAUGUGACUCAGGUCCUAGGAUGUGACUCACGCUCCCUGCGUGUCACCGCCCCCCCUCCCCAAUCCUCCCACGCACAUGGGUGAGGAGGGAGCGUUGCUGCAAUAGGAUACGUGGGAUGUUUCAGGACGCGGUGGUCUUCGCGGAUGUGGCUGUGUACUUCACCCCGGAAGAGUGGGCUUUGCUGGAUCGUGGUCAGAGGAGGCUCUACAGAGAUGUGAUGCUGGAGACCUGCAGGAACCUGGCCUCGCUGGAUUGUUGCAUUCAAGUUAAGCCUUGUGGAUCAGGGACUCAGCUGAAUAUUUUGGAGAGUGAACUAUCCAGUGAAGACAAAAUAGUAAGAUUUAUAAGAAACGAUUCCUGGGCUCUUUUUGGAGAAAACUGGGUGUUUCAUCACAUUGGAGAUCGGUCCCAAUCCCAGGAGAGGUGUUUGAGAAAUCAUUUGGUGGAGCGUGUCUGUGAAAGCAAUGAAGAUAAUCAAUGUGGAGAUACCAUAAACCAGAUUACAAGUCUUAGUGUGCAUGAGGAUUGUCCUACUGGAGACAAAUCCUGUGAAUGUGCUAAGUGUAGAGAAGCCUUCAUAGAUGGUUCUUUCCCUGAGAAUCCACAAAGAUCUCAGCCUGGACACAAACCUAGUCCCUGUGAAGAAUGUGGGCCGGCCUGUAGCUGUGUCUCGAGGCUCAGCACUCACGUGGACACAGACCUUGUAGAGAAACCCUAUGAACAUCAGGACACUGGGAGAUCAAAAAGAGACUUGAAGAGUCUCGGUAGUAAAAAGUCUUUAGAGUGCAAGAAGUGUGGAAAAGCGUUCACUUGCACCUCAUCCUUUCAGGGUCAUGUAAAGGGUCACUGUGGACAGAGAGUCCAUGCGUGUGAUGUGUGUGGGAAAGCUUUUAUGUAUCAGUCCUACCUUACACGUCACGUGAGAACUCACACUGGGGAGAGACCCUAUGAAUGUGUGGAGUGUGGGAAAGCCUACAGCUGCCUCUCGUAUUUCCGAGAACAUGUGAGAACACACAGUGGUGAGAAACCCUAUGAAUGUAAGCAGUGUGGGAAGACAUUCAAGUAUCCUGCGUCCUUGCAAGGACACAUGAUGACACACACUGGAGAGAGACCGUACCUGUGUCAGCAAUGUGGGAAAGCCUUCAGUUGUCCCAAAUACUUCAGAAGACACGUGAGAACGCACAGUGGACUGAAACCCUAUGAAUGUACGUUAUGUGGGAAAGCCUACAGUUGUUCCUUAUCUCUUCGAGAACAUGUCAGAACACACAGCGAAGAGAGACCCUACGAAUGUCAGCAGUGUGGGAAGGCUUUCAGACAUCCUCGAUACUUCCAGAGACAUGUGAGGAUGCACAGUGGAGUGAAGCCCUACGAGUGUAAGGAGUGCGGAAAAGCAUACAGCAGCUCGACAUCACUGCAGGAACACGUGAGGACGCACACUGGGGAGAGGCCCUUUGAGUGUCAGCAGUGUGGGAAAGCCUUCACUCGUCACUCCUCCCUUCAAGGACACGUGAGGGCGCACAGUUUGGAGAAACGUUACGAGUGUGCACAAUGCGGGAAAGCCUUCCGGUGGUCCUCGUCCUUACAGAAACACGUGCGAACGCACAGUGAAGAGAAACCCUAUGAAUGUCAGCAGUGUGGCAAAGCCUUCUGGUACCCAGCCAACCUGCGAGCACACGUGAAGACACACACUGAGGAGAGACCCUAUGAAUGUCCGCACUGUGGGAAAGCCUUCAGCUGUCACUCCUCCCUUCAAGUCCACGUGAGAAAGCACAACGGGGUGAAACCCUACGAAUGCAAGGAGUGUGGGAAAGCCUUCUGGUAUCCAGUAAACCUGCGGGCACACGUGAGGACUCACACUGGGGAGAGACCCUAUGAAUGUCAGCAGUGCGGGAAAGCCUACAGGUGUCGGGCAAACCUGCGGGUCCAUGUGAGGACUCACACUGGGGAGAGACCGUAUGAAUGUCAGCAGUGUGGGAAAGCCUUUAGGUAUCCUGCAAACCUGCGAGCCCACGUGAGGACUCACACUGGGGAGAGACCCUAUGAAUGUCAGCAGUGUGGGAAAGCCUUCAGGUACCCCACAAACCUGCGAGCCCACGUGAGGACUCACACUGCGGAGAAACUCUGAAUACAAGGACUGUGGGAAAGCCUUCAUUUGUCCUUAAAAUCUUGUAAAGCCAAUCAGACACACUGGCAGGAAACCUUAUGAACGUAAAGAAUGUUGGAAAACCUUCAGGUAUAGCACCUCAUAUAUUUUGUACAUAAAAACUCAGGGCUGGACAGCAGUCUUUUAUUUGUUAUAAACAUAGUUGUGCCUUAUAAGUGCCUCGUCCAUAACAGGGAUCUCUGUUGUAUUUAUUUCCACUGUGUGUUGCUGAGAGGAACACCUAAGAUAAAAUAUUCCUCUAUGUGCCCUUUGUAUGAAAUAUAUUUCAUUAUCUCACACAUGAAAAGAUUGUAUAGUUAUAUAAAACUUAUCUCAUUUCCAUUACAAUGUCUUUGGGCCUCAGGGGUGAUAAGUGAUUUGUAAAUAUAUCUUGUCCUCUGUUGUGGAUACUGGAAAUUCCAACUCGGUAUCUACCCUUCCUUCCAGUCUUUAUGAUUGAGUGAUGUAUCUUCACAUUUGCUUGUUGCUGCUGUAUACCACACCUGUGCUCCACACAGAAAUUAGUAAAUGUGCAGGGAUGUUGAGAGAGGACAGUCUCCUCCGAUUAUGUUCAUAUUUUGACCUCUGCUGAUCGCCCUUCCUCUUGGUUGUUCAUCAGUCAUGACGUGUUAAGAAGAGAAACCUUGUGGUGUGAAGAUGAAAGCUAGCAUCUGACUGGUUCUACUGGAUUUCUUUGUGAGCAUGGUGAGGCAGGAGACCAUAUGUCUCAGAGUCCUUCUCUGUGCGGUUCUGAAAUGAAGGCCCUGAGGAAAGAAACUGCGUGAAGAAGCCAUGAUUUUCCAGCAGGAGACAGAUGCCAGGGGACCCAUGUUGGCCUGGGUCACAGCACAUUUUCCUGACUUCUGAUCUGUCGUUUGGAAUGGCCCCCAACCUAGCACAAGUUUGACGUUAGUUUUUGUUAAGUAGCAUACUCCAGAGACUUUUCCACAACCUCUCCUGUGACGGAUGGUCUUGGUUUUCAGGUCCAUACAGUUCCUUGCUUUGCCCUGUGGCUCUUUGUGUCCAUGAGGCCACCUCUUCAGGCUAUCGUGUGUAGGGAUCUCCCAUGCUUUUCCUAAUACAUGAUUUCUGUGCUAAGCAUCUUGUCUCUCUCAGGAUAGAUCUGUGUCCUGCCUCCCCCUCUGACAGAUUUAAUGCUACAGCCUCAAAUGCAGGAAAACUGCUUCCCUGGUUGCACUGACCCUGUAUUUCUUCCUUCUGGAUGUUUCCAUAAUUGGAAUAAGCACUUGUGAGUGUAUGGCAGUUUGUGGGAAUUUUCCCCUAUAGCUGACUGCUAUCUAAGAGAUAAAUCCAGUAUGCUUAAUUACUUUCUGUUGUUAAAUGUAAUUCCUUUCUGUUAAAUGUGAUUUCCCAGUGGUUUUUUAUUUUUAAUAUGUGAUUCAAAACAAUGGUUUUGUUUGUUUUGUCAAAUGUGGUUCUCUACAUUGCUUCAUGGAAACCACAUUACUGAGGUUUUCAAAUCUGUUUGCAUACCUGCAAAUGAUAUUAUGUUUUAUGUUUCACAACUUAGUUCUUUUAUGUUUUAUGUUUCACAACUUAGUUCUUUUAUUAUUUGUUUUAAAGAUUUUGAGUGAGAAAGUGAGCAUGAGCAGGAUGACUGGAAGGGGGAGAAGCAGACUCCCCACUAAGCAGGGAGCCUGAUGCAGGGCUCAAUUCCAGGACCCUGAGAUCAUGACCUGAGCUGAAGGCAGAUGCUUAACUGACUCAGCAGCCCAGUUGCCCCUCACAACUGAGUUCUUUUAAAAUAUCCCAUUCUAGAGGAUUAACUUUCUUCUAGUUGUGUCAGUUUUUUGGAAAUACUUAUUCUGGGUUAAUAGGACUAAGUACAUAAACAUUUGACAUUUUCCUUCUGAUCGGUGUUUCUUCAAUACCCAUGCAGCUGCUACCACUGUCUCAUUAAAAUGACUUACUCCUGGGGCAACUGGGUGGUGCAGUCGGUUCAGUUCCAAUUCUUGGUUUCAGCUAGGGUUGUGAUCUCAGGGUCGUAGGAUCAAGCCCUGAGUUGGGCUUCAUGCUGAGCAUGGAGUCUGCUAAAAUUUCUUCCUCUCCCUCUGCUCCUCCCCACCUCAUGCUCUCUUUCUCUCUCUCUCAAAUAAGUCUUUUUAAAGAAAUUACUCCCAAUGGUGAAACCCUUAAUGUUGCCUAUGUAGUGGUCUCUGACAAAGAACACCAGGAGUCAUGGUCUUGCAGCUCAAGAGUGUGGGAGAGGGAGCCAGACACAUGUAUCUUCCCUAUUUGUCAACAACGAAACAAACCACAUUUGUGGUGAGGUGAGUCUUAGUUGUGGGAAUGACUUACAACUCGGUGCUCCAGGCAUAACUGCCCUGAGGAAAUUGGGAAUGCUGCUUCUCAAUGUUUAUUGUCCAAAUAGCUCUGAGACAUUUACAUGAAAGUCCAUACCAGAAUGGAAACAUGUCCUUCCUCCUCAUUCCUUCUUGCUGGGGAUUGUGCUGAAUUGUGCUGAACAGGACGUUUCUUGCUGUGAUGGAUGGGUAAGGGGUUGGUCAUGCUUCACCCAGUGGUGUCUCCUUGUAUUAAUUCCAGUGGAGGAAAGAUGGGCCGUGCCUUUCUCUUUCCUUCCGACCACUCACGCUUCUGUUGAUCUGCCCCCAGUUGACACAGGUCAGUUUCUAUCUCCAUCAGAUGGCCCCCAGGGAUGCUCCUCUGGCCCUGGGCCUGGUGCAAGUAUGGUUGUAUUUUGGGUGGAGCUGGUUGGGCUCCAUGUCUGAGAGGGUUUGUAAGGUGAGCAGGCCCACUGGGACUUGGGGAAGGAAUGUGGUAGUGUGAAUGCACAAUAAGGAUACCUGUACAGUUUUUGCAGAGAGGAGUGCUUCUGUCUAAUUAUUCCAACCACUGUGGAAUGGGAUUUGCUCUCUACUGUCCUCAGUUCACCAAUACGACCAGUGAUCGUGUGGAUCCCACACACUAGUAAGGGUUAAUAUAGGUGCACUGAACUGAAACAGCAUGGAAGGUGUGCAUCACAAGCACAUUUCAAUGUCACCACCAGUGGGAAACAGUCCAUAUGUGACAUUUUCCAUGGAACUCUCUUUCUCAUAGCAGAACCAUGAAAUCCAAUUUCAAAUAUUUUACAAAUUGUUAACCCUUCCAUGUACCCAGAGAUCAUUUUCCCUGUGAUUUUAUGGUUCUUUUGUUUCCAGUUCUCUUCAGAACCUGAGAGCGAAGUUUUGCAGGGGUGCCCACUUGAUGCUUGUUUGUAGGCUCCGAAUCUGCACCUGUUCUGUGUCCUUUAGUGGUUGGCCAGUCGUAUGUGGCCAAACAAGGGACACAGGAAGGUCCAGGGAGACAGUGGAUUGUACUCAGGUCCUAGAAGGACAGUCAGUGCUUGUAAAGAAGGGGUGAUGUUGGGGAACACCUGGGGAGCAAGCAGGAGUGGGAGGGUGGGAAGCAAUGAGCAUGAGGGCGUGGGCAAGUGCCUGCAGUGUCUAGAUCAAUGUGGAGUGUCAUCGUUUGCUUUGAGCUGAGUGUGUGGCACACGAGGGAGCGAGGGAGGCUCAAUAUUUAGCACCUGACACUGAAUAUAGAGUCUGGGAAAGAAAGGCUCAAUUUGAAUCAUGAUCCUGACUUGGUUCCUUUCUUGCUCUGUGGCCUUUGGAAAAUCACCUGCAUCUGUAGGCCUCAGGUAGCUCAUGCAAGGAGAUAAAAACAUUAUCUACCUUAUAGAGUUUGCUGAGGAGCAACUGGGUUUAUCCAUGCUGAGUUCCUUUAUGGAGAACAUUUAAUGCAGUGCCGGAUGUGAGUAAGCAAGAUGUCAGUGUUCACAUAGUAAAUGAGAACGCAAACAUAGCCUCAGACGGUGGAAGCUGGCCUGGAGCUCACUACUGGGCUGUGGCUUUCUCUCACUGAGCAGAAACAAUAUCACCCACCUGUCCUCCGGCGAGGCACUUCCUUGUCUGUGGUGAGUCAGGGCACAUGAAGACCGUGUCGCGGUCAUGUCAGUAAGGAGGCUAAAAAAUGAAGUCCAAUCUGUAAAAAUCAGCAAAUAUUCCCUGCCUCUAGCUGAUGUGCCUGGUGCCUCUCCGAGUUUCAGCUGCACUGCAUUUUUCCUGCUCUCUAGAUAAGAACUAUUAAGUUCUUCGGGGCACCUGGGUGGCUCAGUUGGUUAAGCAUCUGCCUUUGACUCAGGUUAUGAUCCCAGGAUCCUGAGAUCCAGCCCUGCAUUGGGCUCCCUGCUCAGCGGGGAAUCUCCUUCUCCCUCUCUGCCCCUUCCCUAUGCUCUUUCACUCCCUUCUCCUUAGUUCUCUAUUCCUAUGCACCUGACAUUGCUUAGAAAAGUAUCACGCUGGGAUUUCUUUCUCUCAGAGGGGGAAUAAUUCUAGAAUUUGACAGUAGUAAUCACAGUCACCAACAAGGGGGGUUAAAUGAUGCUUCAACGUCCUUUAUUUGCUCCAUAUCUGACACACUAUUACAGUCUGGGGACACUGAUCAUUUGUUCUUAUGAGAUCAGCCACCAUCCUUUCUGGGCAAAAUCUUCAACGGAUACUGACGGAAUCCAUGGUGCGCCUCCCAUCAAGAUUCAAAUAGACCCCUCAAAAGUUCUCCCUAGAAGGGGCACUUGGGUGGCACAAUCGGUUAGGUGACUGACUUUUGGUUUUGGCUCAGGUCGUGAUCUCAGGGUUGUGAGAUGGAGCCCCAGGUCUGGCUCUGCGCUCAGCACAGUCGUCUUUAGAGUCUCUCUCCCUUUCCCUCUGCCCCUCCCACUCCGUGCUUCUCUCUCAAAUAAAUGUCUUAAAAAAUAGUUCUUCCCAGAAUUAAUCAGUACCCCAUAAAUAAAACAGCUCUUCAAGGCAUCAAACCA